AUGAACUCGAAGGAAAUAGAAAGAUACUUCAGAAAGAAAAGACAGUAUCUGAGUAAGGAGGAGUACAGGACAAUAGUUGAGGUAUUAAGGAGGCUGGAAAAUGCCGAAAAAACCUCAAACAAGCACCUUGCAGAGGAGAUGAAAAACAAAGGAAAUGAAGAAUACAAUGCCGGAGAUUUCCAAUCGGCUAUAGACUCAUAUACCCAAGCUAUCAUCUACGACCCGACUAACGCAGUCUAUCUAUCAAAUAGAGCUGCUGCCUACUCAAAGCUCGGAAUGGUAGAAAGUGCAAUCGAAGACUGUGAAAGAGGACUGAAAAUCGAUUGCAAAUUUGUAAAGCUAUAUAUAAGGCUUGGAAUGCUGCAUCUCGACAGAGAUAAGGAAAAGGCAUGCCAGAUCUUCAAAAGGGGGCUGGAGAUCGAUCCAGAAAACAAGACACUAAAAAGACAGCUUGCCCUCCUUCAGGAAAAAACUCCCGAUCAGUCUUUGAAAUCUUCCAAAUCCCCCUCUCUGGACGACAUGGUCAAGAACAUAAACAUGGAAGCCCUUAAAGACAGCAAGAUCGAUUUCAACUCUUUUUUCAACAACAAGAACAUUAAAGAUGUCUUGGAUACAGUCAUCAAAGACAAAUCUCCUAAGGAUCUGAUGGAAAUGGUCAAAGAUGUGAUUGAGGCAAUGGGAGGUCAGGACUGCAAAAAAUAA